AUGUUUGCAGGUACGGUGAACGCCAACGGCGAGACGAAACGGCAGCGCACGUCGUACACCCGUUACCAGACGCUUGAGCUGGAGAAAGAGUUCCACUUCAACCGGUACCUGACCAGGCGGCGGAGGAUCGAGAUCGCGCACGCGCUGUGCCUGACCGAGCGGCAGAUAAAGAUAUGGUUCCAGAACAGGCGGAUGAAGUGGAAAAAGGAGCACAAGAUGGCCAGCAUGAACAUGGUGCCGUACCACUAUCACAUGGCCGCCCAGCCCUACGGCACCCCGUACCCCUUCACGCACCUCACCACCUGA